AUGAUGAUAUAAGAUGAAAUGAAAAAUGAAUUUUUAAUUCUUAGUCCUUCUCAAAGUUAUGAUGGAAGUAUAAUGUAAAUAAAUUCCUAAAAGCUUAGGCUAAACAACAAUUAAAAAGAGAAUUCUUUUUAAGUUGGUAAAAGGAUAAAUAUGUCUCAUCCCAGACAACCUUCUUACGAAGUAGAAGAAGAUAAAACACCUGCUUUUGAGACGUUUGAUUUGAAAGCCAAUAAGCAAACUAAAGGAAUUAAAUGGUAGUUUAGAAAUCAAAGAGAAUAAAUUAGUGCAAAAAUAAAUAAUACAGAAGUGAAUACAUUUCAAUAAAAUUAAAAAAAGGUACUUGCAUUUAUUAAUAAAUUAAAAUAACACCUUGCCCUUAGAAAUAAACAAUUCAAAAUUAUUAAUUCUAUGCUUUUUUCACCUCUCAAUAUUGGAAAAAAAGUGUAUAAAAAUUCUCUAUAACCUUUAUUAAAUAUUAUAUGGGAUUCAAUAAUUUUUUUUUUUUGUAUUUUACUGUUGAUCGUUUCUCCUAUAGAAUACAUAUUUUAAGCUAAUGGUUAUGGAAAUUAUUUAUAUGCUAUAUUGAUUAUUCUAAUCAUUUUAGAUUAGAUUUAUAAAUAUACAACAUAAAUAUGUUAGGAGGAAUAUUUAUAAUAGAGUAAAUAAUUUCUCGAAUAUAUUUUUAAGUCAUCAAAAAUUUUGAUGGAUACAUCUACUAUUGUUUUACUUACAGUACUAAUUCUUUCAGAAAAUGAACUCAUAAAAACUAUUAGUUUACUAUUAAUUGAAUUUAUAAUUUAUAAAAAGAUAAUUCUAGCUUUUAAUAAGAGAUUAUUUUAUGAAUUAAGUGAUUUAAUUAUCUAGAUUAUUUAAAUUUUAUUGACCUGCCAUUUUUUUACUUGUAUAAAUUUAAGAUAAGAAUUUAUAAUAAAUUAAGAAGUUAAAGAAGAUUAAGAAAUGUUUGAAGAGUACUUAGUAAUAUAUUUAAAUUAUAUUCUAUAAUUUGGAAAUUUAAAAUUUAAUGUUGAAAUUGAUUUAAUAUAAAAUAGGAUUUUCAAUAUUUGUACCACAUUUAUCCUUCUCUUUUAUAAGAUUUUAAUUUUGAAGUUAAUUAUUUUAGAUUCUCUUGAUUUUUAUUAAGAAUUUAAAAAAAUAAAAGAUUUGAAAUUGCUCUAAAGAUUCUUGUACAAAUAACAUAUUUCUUCAACUUUGAAGUUAUAAAUUUCUUAAAAGUUAGAUGAAAUAUGUUUAAAGGAUAAAAAAAUAUAAAAUAUUGAAAAUUAUUUUGAAUAAUGUUUAGAAAAAGAAUAAAUAUAUUAAGAAUUUAAAGAACAACAAUUAAUAAAUUUUGUUAAAUAAUUUUCAAUAUUUUCAAAAUUUUCAAAAACAUCUUAAUAAUAGAUAGCUUAAAAUCUUACACCAAUUAUUCUAAAUGUAAAUGAUAAAUUAAUAUGUAAUCAAUAUGGUGAUUAAUAUAAUAUUUAUCUUCUAAAUUAAGGUAAAGUAGCAUAUGGUUUAACAGAAUCAAUACCAGAAUAUUAAAAAAUUUUUAGUGGUCAAUGUUUUGGUUAAUAUUCGUUUUUUACUGGCUAAGAAAACAAAAAUUUAAUAACAGGUUUAGAUUAUUGUCUUCUAUAUAAGUUAAGUAGAGAAAAAUUUCUAAAAAUUAUAUCAUCAAAUGUUUAAGAUUUGGUAUAAUUUUUAUUAAUCAUAGGAAAUUGCCACAUUCAUUAAAGAUUAAAUUCUAUUUAAUAACAACUAUUAAAUGAUAGAUUCAGUUUGUUUAUAUUGUUAAGAGAAAACACAUUUAAUAAUUAAUUGUCCAAAAAUACAUUUAAUAAAAAACAAUAUUGAUUUUUAUGAUAAAUAUCUUUAUUCUGCAAAUUAAACUAGAAGUUCAUGUAAAAUAUAAGUAAUAUUUUCAUAGAUAAUAAAAGAAGAAAAAGAAAUCAAGUUAAUUUUGGAAAUCAUUUUAAAUAAUUAAAUGAAAUACAUUCAAAUCAAGUUUCAAAUGAAGAAAUUUCAUCUGAAUUUAAAUAGUUAUCCUCCAGUAUUUUAGAAUAAAGUCAAGAAAAAAAUGACUAAAAAUAUCCAGGAGAAUCAUAAAAUAAUUUCUUAAAUGAUCUUAAUAAUGAAAUAAUGAAACAGAGUGAUUAAAGGGAUUAGUAGUAAUAAGAAUGUUUUUCACAAAGCUCAUCUUAACAACAAUAAUAAAAACUCUAAUCUAAGAAUAUUUUUGAUUUGAAAAUUUCAAAUAUAUUGAAUAGAGUUCAUUCUUUCAAACUAUUACCUUCACUCUAAGGCAAUCCAAGUCCAAUUGUAAAAUUAUAAACUCCUAGUUUACCUACUGUUACAGAAUUCUUAAAUUUAGUUAGCGAGGUAUUUUAUCUUUGAAAAUAUCAAAAGAAUCCUUGUAUGGAGGAUAUCUAUAAAGUUAAUUUAGAUAGAAUGUAAGAUUUUGAUACCUAUUAUCCAGAAUUUAAUAUUAGUAUGGUACUCUUUAGGUAUAUAUAUAAUAUUAAAUAUAAGAAUGAAAAGAAAUUAAAGAAGAAAUUAAGAAUAAAAAAGUAAAUUCACGAUUAAUUAAAGUGCAGCCAUAACAAUAGGUAAAAUAAUAUAAAGAAGUGAUAAAAAUGUCAAAAUAUGA